GUUUAGUGUUUUACACCGUCUGCCAGAAAAUCCACUAUCUAAACAUUUAAUGAUCUCGGGAAGGCAAAGCGGUCCGGGAAGGGCUGAUGGUGGGCAGGGCAAUACUGUGUCUUUAAUUUUCUUUCUGAAGGAAGAAAGUCUGCAUAGCAAUGACAGGAUCACUUGUUCGUGCCUUUAAUGUGUGAGCUGUUUUCUCCAGUGGAGGGCACUCAGUGUAUCACAAACUCCAGCAUUAGCACCACAAGCUCCGAAGCAUCAUCACUCUCUGGAAAACCUUCGGAAUUAGACAAGAGCUGCCUCUCAGCACAGCUACAAAACACUUUAAACCCGACCAGCUAAAUGGAUAAACCUACCCUGCGUAGCUUUUAAAGAGCACGGGAGGCCUGUCUGCGCCGGGAGCGGGGAGCCGGAGGAUGGAUUGCUGUGUCUGGGGAUGGCAAAAGGCAGCAGAAUGAGAAGCGCUGGGUGCCGGCAAAGAUAUUCCCAUUUCUGCCACAGAAGUUGGUUUCCCUCCGUGCUCUCCUCUCGCUUUUCCUUGCCGAUUGCCACUUAAUGCUGCUGGUUCUCUGCUGACUUACACAAUGGCUCUCAGAGCUUAGAGUCCCUCCCUACCCCCCCACUCCCCCCCCAUCCUCCGUCCUGUCUUCCCCACCCCCAGCCCCUUCCCUGUCCUUUCCCUUCCUCAGCCCCCAAAUUCUCGCUUGUCCUCUCUAGGGAACUUUGGGGGGGUUGCUGGCACGCGGUGAUGCGAGUGGCAACCGUGCCGUGCCAAGAAGAUUCGGAUGGUUUAGAGAAAAGAGCCCGGGUUUGAAAAGGGAGAGAGGCAAAGGGAAGAGAGAGGGAAGAAAACAUCUGGAGAAAGGAAAAGGAGGACGUUUGUUGAUGACAGAAGGAUGGGUUUCCAUUUAAUUAAGCGGCUGAGAGGCAUGAGCGUGGCGUUAGUGCUGCUUCCCACGGUGCUGCUGGUGGUGCUGGCGGGGGCUCAGCGAGCCUGCCCCAAGAACUGCAGGUGCGAUGGCAAGAUCGUGUACUGCGAAUCCCACGCCUUCAGGGACAUCCCUCAGAACAUUUCUGGAGGGUCCCAAGGCUUAUCGUUACGCUACAACAGCAUUCAGAAGCUGAAAUCGAAUCAGUUUGCAGGCCUCAAUCAGCUCAUAUGGCUUUAUCUUGACCAUAAUUACAUCAGCUCCGUGGAUGAGGAUGCAUUUCAGGGCAUCCGCAGGCUGAAGGAAUUAAUUCUAAGCUCCAACAAAAUUACCCAUCUGCACAACAAAACCUUUCACCCCGUUCCCAACCUCCGCAAUCUGGACCUCUCUUACAACAAGUUGCAGGUGUUGCAGUCUGAGCAGUUCAAGGGCCUUCGUAAACUCUUGAUUUUGCAUUUGCGGUCCAACUCGCUGAAAACCGUGCCCAUCCGAGUUUUCCAAGACUGCCGAAACCUCGACUUUCUGGAUUUGGGCUACAACCGCCUGCGGAGCUUAUCCCGUAAUGCUUUCGCUGGCCUUUUGAAGUUGACAGAGCUCCACUUGGAGCACAACCAGUUUUCUAAGAUCAAUUUUGCCCACUUUCCACGCCUCUUCAACCUUCGCUCGAUUUAUUUGCAGUGGAAUAGGAUCCGGUCUAUCAGCCAAGGGUUAACGUGGACUUGGAGUUCCUUGCACAACUUGGAUUUAUCAGGAAAUGACCUUACAGGGGUAGAGCCUGGGACCUUCCAGUGCCUCCCCAACCUGCAGAAGCUCAACCUGGAUUCCAACAAACUCACCAACAUCUCUCAGGAGACCAUCAAUACGUGGAUCUCGCUCAUCUCCAUCACUCUGUCCGGAAAUAUGUGGGAAUGUACUCGAAGCAUUUGCCCUCUGUUUACUUGGCUUAAGAAUUUCAAGGGAAAUAAAGAGAGCACUAUGAUAUGUGCGGGCCCUAAACACAUCCAGGGUGAAAAAGUGAGCGAUGCUGUGGAGACAUAUAACAUCUGUGCCGAAAUUCCGGUGGUGGUUACCGAAAGAUCGUACCAGGCUCCCAAAACCCCCCCGAGACCCAUCUUCAUUCCUAAACCUACCGUUUCCAAACUGGAAAGCAAUCAGCCGACAUCCGUUGUGCCGAGCCCGUCUGCAGAGCUCCCGACGCCCGGGCUGGAGCCCGAGUACGAGCACGUUUCUUUUCACAAAAUCAUCGCCGGGAGCGUCGCCCUCUUCCUCUCCGUGGCCAUGAUCCUCUUGGUCAUCUACGUGUCAUGGAAGCGCUACCCGGCCAGCAUGAAACAGCUCCAGCAGCACUCGCUCAUGAAGAGGCGCAGGAAAAAGGCUCGAGAGUCUGAAAGGCAAAUGAACUCCCCUUUACAGGAGUAUUACGUGGACUACAAGCCAACAAACUCUGAGACCAUGGAUGUAUCGGUUAAUGGAUCUGGGCCCUGCACGUAUACCAUCUCUGGCUCCAGGGAAUGUGAGGCUCUGCCGAGCAGCGCUGAGAUUUUACACAAAGGCUUGGAACUCUCUGCUCCAGCUCUUCUGCGGCCGUCAAUGGUUCCUCACCACAUGAAGACUUUACCCUAUUACAGCUACGACCAGCCGGUGAUCGGGUACUGCCAGGCCCACAAGCCCCUCCAUGUCAACAAGGGGUACGAGGCUGUGGGCCGGGACCAGGCCGAGACCACCAACCUGGACCUGAGUCGAGACCACAGCUUCAUCGCCACCAUCGCGCGGUCGGCCGCCCCGGCCAUCUACAUCGAGAGAAUACCAAACUAACGCCGGGACGACUUCUUCGGGUGGCGGAGCGGGGGUUCUUGCGAGGGACCUUUCAUCUCAGAAGAGACCAAGGCAAGAAACUAAAUCAAUCUACCAUUCCAGUUGCAAAUGUUCCAACACAGACCAAGGGAAGGGGGAUGAACUCCGCGGACUGUGGAAGUGCUGUCUGGCAGUACACGCUGAGAACUUCAGGAUUUUCUUUGCUUUAAACUUUCCAACAAAUUCCUCAAUGUAAAUAUUAAAGAGAGAUUGUCAAGUUCUUAUUAAAAAAAAAAAAAAACAAAAAUAGAUUUCACUCUAGCUACAUAAAGGGAUGGAUUAAGAGUUUUGUUUGUAUAUUUGAUUUUUCUACAUUGCACGGUUCCAGGGACAGAGAACCACAGGUAAAAAGUGAAGGGGAUGGGGAGGGUGAUGUUUGGGGGGUGGGUCAGCCAUGUUUCCUUCUUAAGUGUUUAUUAUCCUUCACAGAUUUGCUUAAUAUUUUUUGUUCUUUUUAACCAAACAAAAGAUAGAGAUCUAUUUUCUUUUGGGGGGGUUGUUUUUCUGUUGGUUUGAUUGAUUUUUUUUUUCCCUCUUUUUAUUUUAAUGGUCAAGCGCUAAUAUUUCAAACUUCAGCCAUGGGCAUUAAAGCUUAUGUUGAACCAAAAGGACAUUGGCAAUUGAUGCAGCAGAAACAAAGAAACUCGGGUGCAUGUACAUUUAAGACACAGGCUGUACACUAUGGAGGGUGCUUCUGAUUUUUAUUAUCUUCAUUGUGCUUCAUCGUUGACACUAUAAUUACUUUUUGGGCUCUAAAAAAGGGGAGAACAUGCAGCGCAGUAACGACUCUCAGAUUUGACCAUCCAGCGGUGCUGUAAGCAAAUUAAUGGACGUUUGGGAACCAAAAUGGAAGCGAUGUGCUUGAAACGGAGCAGAAGGAAAAUCUUACAAAGCAAGAGUAUUCGGUGAAACUCACUGGCUGACACAAUUUCUAAACCACAGGAGAAUGUGUAACAUUGGUUUUUGCUUUGUUUUAUUAUUAUUUUUUUUAAUUAAUUAUGAUGAUCAGUUAGUUUUUGUGUAGUUUUUAUCAAUAAAAUGACAACAACAACAACAAAGUGGUGGAAACAAAAAAAAUAAAGCUAUUAUUUUGUGGUUGGGACACCA